CGUGGAACAAGCCGACCUCAACGGGAGCUAUUCCACCCACCCAAACCUCGAAUUCUUUCUUGAUGGUAUUAAAGAACUUGCUUCACAUAUCCCGCCCGCAUCCCCAUGUCCUCUUGCGAUUCCCUCCAUCAAGAUUACGACAAUUGAUUUCUCCGGCCACUUCAAUUGACCAAAGCCCAAUCGACUGUGCUCCCAGGCUCCUCACCAUCGGAAAAUCGAAGCCUUCUCAUUGUUGUUCCCAGCCAGCCGCCUCAUCUGCAGCUGCUAGACCUGUGCUGGAUCUGCUAUCCUCGAGCCCAUAGCACAGCGCAGGGCACUUGCACGGCUGCCGCACUUCUCACGACAGGCAGUUCAUCGCCGAGCCAACGGCGGGACGGAACCCCAGACCGAUCAGAAACCCCAGACCUUCCCCAGAAAGUGGUGCCGUUGCCGAUUGAAAUAAUUCCACUUGACCCGGCAACACUUGCGCCUUUCUCACCACCACUUUUCCGUCCUUCACCUCUCGUCAACCCACCCGUCUCGUGCUCCAACCGACUAUAUGCCACAAUGAAAGCCACUCCGUUAAUCAUCAACUGGCACCACGAAAACAAUCCGUACCCCAUCUACUCUGCCCAUUUCGAACCCGGAGGCAAGGGCCGCUUAGCUACCGCCGCCGGAGACAACAAUGUUCGACUAUGGAGAAUAGAGGAGGAUGGCGAGAAUCGUAGGGUCGAGUACUUGGCAACCCUGUCCAAACAUACACAAGCAGUCAACGUCGUUCGCUGGGCUCCCAAAGGUGAACUCCUUGCCUCUGCUGGAGAUGACGGCAAUGUCAUCUUGUGGGUUCCAUCAGACACUCACCACGCGACGUUCGGAAACGAAGGCCUCGAAGACAAGGAAACAUGGAGGACAAAGCACAUGUGCCGGUCCCUGGGCACGGAGAUAUAUGAUCUUGCCUGGUCCCCGGAUGCUGCCUUUUUCAUCAUCGGCAGCAUGGACAACGUUGCGCGCAUCUAUAACGCUUCGACGGGCACACUCGUGCGCCAGAUUGCCGAACAUAGCCACUACGUCCAGGGCGUUACAUGGGAUCCUCUGAACGAGUACAUCGCGACACAAUCUUCCGAUCGAUCGGUACAUAUCUACUCGCUGAGGACCAAGGAUGGCCAGUAUACCCUCGCCAACAACCACGACGACAAGCCACCAAAGAUUGCCAGCCACGCCAAAACAGAUCUUCCUCCUCGCAGGAUAUCCUCUCAUAGCCCAGCUCCGCCCGAGUUCGGUAACCGGCCCGCUUUUACAUCCCUGGAUCCCAGUGCUGUUGCUGGAUCCCCAAACCCUUCCAUCCCGGGUACUCCCACUUCGAUGGCCCUGCCUAUGAACCCUCCCAGUGUCAUCAGCCAUAGCCGGAGAUCGUCGUUCUCGUCCAGGCGAUCAGUGUCGCCCGCACCGUCCAUGCCUUUGCCUGCUGUUAUGCCUAUCGAGGCUUCUCCCAAACCGCACUCUUCAAGCUACGGCCUGGGCAUGAAGAAUGCGAGCCUUUAUGCGAAUGAGACUCUAACUUCAUUUUUCCGGAGACUGACCUUCACACCUGACGGAAGUCUGCUCCUGACACCUGCUGGUCAAUAUCAGACUCAGCAUCAGGUGGAUGGCGGGAAACCUUUGUACGAGGUCAUUAAUACGGUAUACAUAUACACGCGAGGUGGCAUCAACAAACCACCCAUUGCCCAUUUACCCGGACACAAGAAGCCGUCUGUCGCCGUCAGAUGUUCCCCAAUCAUCUACACCUUGAGACAAUCACCGCCCGUCACCAAACACAUCACCAUUGAUACUUCAUCAGCCGAGGAGCCGAUACCUUCACUGCCUGAACCAUUAGCAAAGCCCUCAACAGCUCCGUCCGUGAUGGAGCCACCACCUCCUCCAUUGCCCACCGAAAGUUCGGUUUCAGGAUCGACGGAGGCUCCAGUGCAGAGCCCUGGACCGAAGUCGGCGUUCGCGCUCCCGUAUCGGAUGGUCUACGCUGUAGCCACCCAAGACUCAGUGCUUCUGUACGAUACCCAGCAACACACACCUAUCUGCGUUGUGAGCAACUUGCACUGCGCCACUUUUACGGACCUUACCUGGUCGACUGAUGGUUUGACGCUGUUGAUAUCCUCGUCGGAUGGGUUCUGUUCCACCCUGUCCUUUUUGCCUGGAGAGUUGGGUAUACCGUAUACUGGAGAAAUUGGUCCACGACAUUCACUGUCCUCUGGAGGAGCCACGUCGAACCAGAACACGUCUCUUCCCAAUCCCUCGGGGGUGUUUGCCCCCCCAUCCCCGUUUCACAACGGUACCAACCAUCGCCAUAGGGACUCUGCGAGCUCUUUUACGGCGCCUUCGCCACCUACAGCUGCUUCCUUCGUGAACCCGCCGCCCCCUUCACCGGCACGAUCCAACUCGACUAGUUCUGCCAUUACUCAAGCUUCUACAUCACAGGGCGGGGUUAUGAGCAACCCACCGCUUAUUUCUGGCCAAGUGCCAAGCAUCGCUGCCACCAAUUCGGGCAAGGUUACGGGCUUGCCCGUUGUGACCCCUCCUGAGACGCCGCAGAGUUCGAGCGGUGGUGCUGGCUCCACUAACUUGAAGAGGGAGUCAAGCGAUUCUCGCGAGGCAAAUAACGCGGAGAAUAGCCAGCAACCCAAACGGAGACGCAUCGCGCCUACCUUGGUCAGCGGAGGGGCAUCGUCUACGACUGACGGGUCCAGUAACAGCGACGUGGCUAAAGCGUAGGUCGCUAGGCGGUUGUUGUCGCAAGGAUCUAGCACAACCCGCGGAUACUUCACAAAUAGAUGUCUUUGACAUGUGCUAAGACAGGUCGAAUGGAAGAUAGGAAAGCAUGCAAGAGGAGGAGAACGGAAAAGGGUGAUGUCUUGAGGGUUUGAGGUUUUGGUCCUAUAUCUUUGAUGUUUCGCUGCCCAGUGUGGGAGAACUUGCCCCUUGGGCUCUUGGUUCUCUGCACAAUCUUCUAUAUCGUGAAGGUAAGAGCGGCCAGGUCAAUUUGUUAUUGCAUCUACAGUGGUGUUGGCAGGCAUCAUGCUGGCUGAAGAAUACAGAACGUUUAAGUACGGAAGCUACAGUUUAAUUGGUGGUUUGGAUGCGCUUGGUGGUGGGUGCUAUUCUGGGCAGACUGAGAUGUCAGCUACUUUAUGAUAUCUGAAGAUUCGGCCAUGCACAGAUGAGCGGUAUGGAGUCUUCUUACUCUUGUUAUGCUAAUAAACCCCGGAAGUUAGUUGACUGAGCUACGGCAGUGAUACUAUGCCCGGUAUCGGUCUGCUUAGGUACAGGCUCGCCAACGCGGAGGUCUCGGCUUAGGACGGCUUAAGCACUCACCCACCGUCAGCUUUUGAGCAGACAAAACAAUUGCAUGAUAAUUGACGACAAUAAAAUACUUUUCGAGGUA